AUGAGCGUCGACAUCGCGGAGCUUCUCCGCCUGGAGGCAGAGCUGGAGAACUCAUGUGAAGAUUGCCGAAACCCAUACGAUCGAGACGCCAAGCUGAAUUUGCUCAAGUUUCUUCAAAUCAGGGCGGUACUGCAGUACGAAGAAGCGUACGACCGAUUGUACUACGAGCUCAACAAGCAUGGAGGGCUUGAGUGUCUUCGCGAAAUCGCUCCGGCGCGGCUGAAGGACCUUCUCCAGCCCAAAGUCUUGGAGCUUCAGGACUGCAAUGAGGACGUUCGAUUUGCAGCACAGUUGGAGUUCUAUCUUGCGGACGCCGAGCUUGCAAAGAACCGUUUGGACGAGCUCGUGGCAGAUAUAGCGAAACACACGGGGGAGUGCGAGGUUCACUGCGCGGAGGUCAAGUCACGAGCAAGCACGCAACGAAAGGCCAGCAAGUCAUAUGGUGGGGACGUUCGAAAGGUUGCUGACAUGGCGAGGGUAAGCGUGAUCUGUGACAACCCGGAGGCCUUGAAACGGGCGUACUUGGCUAUCGUAGAGUCGUUCCAGGGAGACGUUCUUCGGGUGGCAAACGGCUUCAACUCCGACUGGAUGCCAAGCGGUUAUCGGGACGUGAAAGUAAAUCCCGUCGUCGACGAGCACCUUUGCGAGAUUCAGCUGCACCUCCGUGAGUUCUUCACACUGAAAGGCGGUCAACACGCCGUGUACGAGUGGGCGCGGGACCUCAAAGUGACCACGAUAAUGCGCGCCGAAAACCUGUUCGAGUUUCUAUCCCGUGAGAUUACGGAGGAGAUGAUCGGCUUGGCUGAACGGAACUGGCAUGGGACCGGGCGCUUCCUUCCGCGUCUGCAGCUCGCUGCUGGGCAGUACGACCAGGCCGAGGAGGGUUUUAGACAGGUUUGCUUUGGAUCAGUAGCCCCAUAUGUGUGUAUAGGUUCUUGA